AUGCAGAGGGGUGGAGGUGUGAGAAUUGGGCCUCCACAGUCUUCGAGACAAGCGUCGAAUGUUCUAACUCUGACUUUAAGUGCUGAAAGGAUGCCCCAAUGCAAUAGAUGUGGCAAAUCUCAUUUGGGAAGAUGUUGGGCUUACUAUAAGUGUGGUAAGUUGGGUCAAGUAGUAUGGCAAUGCCCAGAGGGCAGAGUUGAGGGGAUUGAGCAGAGAUUAAUGGUUCCUGGCCAAGUAUUUGUGGUUGCACAAGAAGAGGCCAGAGCAUCUCUAAAUUUGAUCAGAGUUAUGAUUUCUAUAAAUGGUCAUAAAGUAGAGGCAUUGUUUGAUUCAGGUGCUACAUAUUCUUUUGUGUCUAAGGAAUGUGUGGAUAGAUUGAAAUUUUCUUUACAAGAAUUGUCUAUGCUCAUUAAAGUAAUGACACCUUCUGGAUCGUCUAGUAUUACAAGUCAAGCUUGUCAGAAUGUGGAGAUUCGAUUUGAGGAUAGAGUUUUCAAGAUCGAUCUGAUUUGUAUUCCUAUAGAUAUGAUAAUUGGCAUGGAUUAG